ACCCGUUUCACGUUCGUUUGUCAACUUCAUGCCACAACUUGACCGAACUCUGUGUUUCAAUCUGUGUUGUGAAACAAGGCAGUGAUGUGCCGGAAACGGGCUAUCGCUCCAAAAUCAAAGGACCAUAGAGCAACUUAACCUCACUUUACUGCUGGAGAGAAGAGGUUUAUGUUUCUGGAGACCUAACAGAGUUUUGGGAAACUGAGAAAACUACACAUUUGAGAUGGAGGACGUCUCUGACAUGGAGGAGAUGGGUGACAUAGAGAUGAGCAUGGUGGAAGAGGAAGUUGUGUACCCUCAGGAGUUUUUACCAACAUAUCAUUCUAUCAAAGAAGGAGGAAAAGUAACCAAAACAGAUCUGGUGGACUUUAACGACAAACCAGACUCCUUGUUCUUCAACGACGGCGUGAGAAGGAUCGACUUUGUUUUGGUGUAUGAAGACGAGGACAAGAAGGACUUUGAGAAGAGGCACACAUACAAGAAACGGAAAAUGCGGAGAGAAUACUUUGAGAACAGCUUGAUGCAGAUGGGCAUGGAGUUGGAGGCGACGCCAUCUGUAGUGGACGACAAAGUCAUAUUUGUGAAGGUCCACAUGCCGUGGAAUGAGCUGUGCACCUACGCCGAAGUCCUGCACAUCAAGCUUCCCAUCCAGCCCAACGACCUGUCCUCCCGCCCCUCCAUGUGGCGCUUUCUGUCCUGCAUCACCAAGUACUUCUACCCCAACGAGGACCUGAUCUGCAAGGAGACGGAGUUCUUCACUGCGCCUUUUGAGAAAGGCCGCCAGGAAUACUUCUAUAUCAAGGACAAAGAUCUCUUUUUCACUCCAUCCAUGAGGAGCAGGAUGGCAAGUUGCAACAUGCCGCUGCAGAAUCAGGAUCAGAGGGCGUAUUACAUCCUGAGCAGAGCCCCCUAUGAAAUCCGAAAGAACUACAAAAAGUUUGGCAUCACCAAGCUGCUGGAUAGUGGAGUGUACAAAGCUGCCUAUCCCCUUCACGAUAGUGAGUACAACGUCAGAUCCAGUGAGGAUGGUUAUCCUAGUGAGAGAUAUCAACUUUAUCAAGAAUGGGCUCAUCCCAAGAGCUUCUACAAAAUGCAACCACUUGAUCUCAUAAGGAAGUAUUACGGGGAGAAGAUUGGCAUUUACUUUGCGUGGCUGGGCUUCUACACGUUUAUGUUGGCUCUGGCUGCCGUUGUCGGGCUGGGCUGCUUCAUCUAUGGAUACAAGACUCAAGAAACAAGCACCUGGAGCAAAGAAGUAUGCGAUCCAGAGGUCGGAGGUCAGAUUGUAAUGUGUCCACAGUGUGACUUCUGCAAAUUUUGGACAUUAAACAGCACCUGUGAGACUUCAAAAAAACUUUGCAUAUUUGAUAACUUUGGGACGCUGGUGUUUGCCAUUUUCAUGUCAGUCUGGGUGACUUUGUUCCUGGAGUUUUGGAAACGUUACCAGGCAGAGUUGGAGUACGAAUGGGACACUGUGGAAUUCCUGGAGCAGGAAGAGCCCCCUCGCCCAGAAUAUGAGGCCAAGUGUAUCUAUGACAGAAAAAACCCUGUCACUGGGGUGAAAGAAAAAGUGCCGUACACAGCCUGUGGACGAUGCGUUCGGUUGUCGAUCGGAAUAGGAACAGUCUUAUUUUGGAUCAUGCUGAUCCUGGCCUCCAUUGUGGCCAUCAUUGUGUACCGAUUGGCCGUCUUCAUUACAUUCUCAUAUAAUUUGAGAAAAAAUGACCUGAAGAAUUUAGAGCCCAUAAAGGAGUAUGUGACUCCUCAGAUGGCCACCUCCGUCACGGCUUCACUCAUCAGCUUUGUUGUCAUCAUGAUCCUCAAUAUUCUCUAUGAGCGGGUCGCCAUCUGGAUCACAAACUUCGAGCUUCCACGCACCAGGACAGACUACGAAAACAGCCUGACACUGAAGAUGUUCCUCUUUCAGUUUGUCAACUACUACUCCUCCUGUUUCUACAUAGCCUUUGUGAAGGGAAAAGCAGUCGGCCAUCCCGGAGACCCGGUUUAUUUGCUGGGAAAAUACAGAAAUGAGGAGUGUGAUCCCGGCGGUUGCCUGAUUGAGUUGACCACUCAGCUCUCUAUCAUCAUGGGGGGAAAAGCCAUCUGGAACAACAUCCAAGAGGUCUUGCUACCAUUGCUGAAGAAUCUUUUUGCCCGCUAUUGUACUCGUGCAGCCUCAGAAAAGGUGAAGCCUCGCUGGGAGCAGGACUACGAGCUCCUGCCCAUUUCAAAUCGGGGCCUGUUCUAUGAAUAUCUUGAGAUGGUCAUCCAGUUUGGCUUUGUGACCCUGUUCGUGGCCUCCUUCCCUCUGGCCCCAGUCCUUGCCCUGAUCAACAAUCUGUGUGAGAUCCGGGUGGAUGCUUGGAAAAUGACGACUCAGAGUCGUCGGGUCGUGCCAGAGAAGGCCCAGCAUAUAGGGGCCUGGCAGCCCAUCCUGCAGGGCGUUGCCAUCUUGGCUGUAGCGACCAACGCGAUGAUUAUUGCUUUUACAUCAGACAUGAUUCCACGGCUGGUCUACUACUGGUCGUUCUCAGUGUACCCGUAUGGAGAUCACACUAAUCACACCAUGCAGGGUUACAUCAACAACUCUCUGGCCAUAUUCGACAUCAAAGAUUUGAAGCAAAAUAUAACCGACCUUAAAGAUUCUCUGCCCUCCAACAUCAACACCUGCAGGUAUCGAGAUUAUCGGUUUCCCGCAGGACACCCCAGGCAGUACGAGCACAACAUCUUCUACUGGCAUGUGGUUGCAGGAAAAAUGGCUUUCAUAAUUGUUGUCGAGCACAUUGUUUACUUCACAAAGUUCAUCCUGUCCUAUGUGAUCCCAGACGUCCCCUACGCUGUCAAAGAACAAAUCAAACGUGAGAAGUACUUGACCCAAGUGAUUCUGCACGAGACCAACCUGAAGCUGGUGACCAAACGUAGGAAACCAGCCGAGGAAGCGAACUUGAGCCAUGCAGAGGAAAAAUUUGCAAAUGACGAGAUGGAGCUGGAUAUCUCAUAGAAAAACACAGACAUGGAAAUGUAUGUUCUUGGACAGUUAAUUAGUUAUUACUAAGUUAUUACUAAUUACUUAUGUUUUUGUUUACUUCCUGCUCAACACCCACUUCAUAUUAAUCCAUUCUUGUAUUCUUAACCAUUUUAGAUACUAUUUAGGAAAUCAUAACUUGGCUCAACUCGAGACAGAACCCAUAUUCUUAUUUCUCCCUAAAAGACAAAUGGCAUCUCCCCUCUAUGUUCCAACAGGUUAAUGAGAUAAUUCAGCCCCAUUUUGUUUGCAUCAAACUGCAUCAGAUCUGCAUCAGAUGGAAUUUAGAACCAUCUGAUCUACAAGUAGCACUUAGACCACAAGGCUGAUUUUCAAGUCUUAAGGCAUUUGGGUGUUAUAAUCUAUUUAAACUGAAAUUAGAACAAUUUCAAACAGCCUUUUUUUUUAUCAGAUUGGUCAGUUUACAAUAACCGCACCCGAUUCCUGUUUGACUUUAAAGGAUAAAUGCAGUGAAUUCUAAUGCUCCAAAAAAGCUUAAAUAUUUCGUCAAUUCUUCAAAAUAAUGACAGUUUGUGAAUACGAGUCUUUUGGCUUUGUGACUGUUACAUUUUAGUCCGGAUCAAUCUGCCAGCAAUGGCAUCUCACUGUCCAUGUAGCUUUGUGCUGAACACACAAACACUGCUGGGUGAUUUAUUUUUGUUCCAUCUAAAAUAAGUAUUUUCCAACAGAAUUUUCCUCCACCUUGGAAUACAACACAAAGACAAUCAAUUGUUUUGUUGUUUUCUUCAUCCUGAUAAAGGACAGUGUGACCUGUGUUGCGCAGAUGGAGUCCCUGGGUGUUUAAAAUAAUGUUUAAGCUGUGCUCCUAUCGCUAUAUGUGCCUGGCCGACAAUUUUACCUCAAAAUCAGUUUAUAAAUAGGUUAUAGAAUAUUCUAAUUAUCUAUGCAUGUUUGCAAAUGUACAUAAAUUGUUGUAUAAUGUCAAAUUCUUUUUAACUUAACUAGCGUGAAGACUGCAUCAGUAUGAAGUAUAGAUGUUAGCAGAAACUGAUUUUCUGCUUCUGCCUUACUUGAAAUGUAUCCACUAUUUUGUCCCGAGCUACUUUUACUUAGGUGGUCAUCUUCCUGUGCCAUGACAUCUGAACUGUAUGUUAUAUUCUGAAGUUUCAGUUGUUUCCUGUGUAAUAACCAAAACUGUAUUAAUCCUGUGUCCUAAACAAUGGUUUUGCAUCCACUAUGUACCAAAGCUGUAUCAUUUAGCAGUGAAAUCUGAUACAUAUCUGAGUUUGUCUUUAACAUAUUGUUUAUGUUGAACUGCUUUAAGAGUAAACUUUUCCAUUUUUAUAUUUUACAAAGUUUCACUGUCAGUCAUUUAACCUCUUUAUAUUUAUAGUAUGAGGCUUUGUAUUUAUUUGAUCUCAUGCUGGUGGAUGCAUGUCUGAGCCACAUUUAUUCAUGAACACUUACACAUUUCUGAACAUUUAUAGUCUUUGUCUCCUUUUCUACUUGGACUAGUCCAGUCAUUUUAGUUUGUGAAAUUCAUUUGUAGAAUUAUUUUCCAAUUCAGAAUAUAAUUUUUUAUAGCUUUUUCAUUAUCUAUAUAUUACCUUUGUAUAACAUUUUAAUAUCACAUUGUGGUCAGUUGGAAACUCUC